AUGGCUUCCCAAGAAUCAUCAUAUGCUAUGCCUCCUUUAACCCAAUCCAUCAAAAACGUCCUUAAUUUUGGUUAUGAUGAGUCCGGUGACAUUAAACCAACCAACCAAACCCUCAAUGUGGAGGCUUUGUUCAUGGUCGUCUCUAACAUCAUGGAAGCCUCAUUUAAGGUUUCUGAUCCAAACAUAAAGCUUAAUGUUAAUAAGGAGGACAAGGCAACACUCUCCGGUUUCAAGUCACCCAUUGAACGACUUCAGAAGAUUGCUUGUCAGAUGAGGAGGAUAGUUCCUGAUGCUGCACAAGAAACAACAGUGAAGAUGAUGACAGAUCUGCGGAAGGAAUAUCCAUGGCAUGCAAUAGCAGUGAUGGCACUAGCAGGAUUUGCUUUGGAUUAUGGGAAUUUCCAUCUUCUUUCUCAGGUUAAAGAUGGCGAACACCUUGGAACAUCAUUGGCUGUCUUGAAUGAUGUUCAAGCCGUCGUCGAAGGAAGCGUCAAGGAAACCGUUUCCAAAUACAACUCUGAAGGGAAUGUUGGAGCAACAAGAUUAUGCCGAAUUAGAGGACCUUAUCCCCACUUUGGACGAAGCUAG